UUAAACCACAUAAAAAUGUCGGAGCACUUGGAUUCGGUUCCGUGUUGUUUCUUUGGUCACCGGAGCAGUCGGAGCAUACAGAUUUGAAUCUCAGAAGUUAUAAACGAUGGCAUGUGCACAGUCAAUAAAAGAUUUGAUAGAAAUUUUGAAAAGUAACAAUGAAGAGGAAGACAAUCCUGUUAUGUUCACUUGUCAAUAUGCAUUAAUGAAAGGUUUUCAGCUUCAGAUGACACCUCAACUGCAAGAAGACAUAGCUGAAUGGAGAACAACUGCAAAGGAAGUUGAAAAACGAAUUCAACAGAGAAAGAAAAGAAAAAUGGAAAUACUGAGAGAACAGAUGCAAGCUGUGGAGAAAAGGCUUGAGCACAAGAACAAAUCAUCUUUACAAACAACAGACGAAAAUCAUAAUUUGUAUGACAACAACAGCAACAGUAAAUCUACUUGUUCGCAGCAAGAAUUUAAAGAAAGUAUUGAAGAUGAUUAUUUGGGGAUGUCCAUUCCUCUUUCACUGGAUAGUAUUAAUUUUAAAGAACUCACCACAAGGAGGCGUGAUAUUGAAAAUCAAUCACCACCAAUGAUAGAUUUCACUGAAACUAAACAAAAUAACGAAUUUGAUCUAAAUCGUUAUGAGCAAACAAAGUGUCAAUCAAAAGAGAUAUUGAAUGUUGAUACUCAGGAAUCUUUAUCUGAUGUAGGAGAUGACUUAGCAGUGCAUGAAGAAAGCACGGAGGAAGUAAUUCCAGAAGUUUUAGAACAAAUGAAGACGUUGCAUAUAUUACAAGAACAGCAAAAGGAAUUAGACGAUUGGUACCAUGAUAUGCAAAAACAACUGGAGUUAGAAAAAGUACGUCUGGCUGAAAAGUACGAUCAACUUAAGUUACAUAAUAUUAAAAAACAACAACACGUUAUUGAUAGCAGCCAAGAAUUUUUAAGAACAGCUAGUUUGCAUAUGAGUCCAAAUGUACUCCUACAACAGUCUCUUGUUGACCAAUCACAAUCAAGUACACCUCAGAAAUUUCAAAAGGUGUUAGAAUGUUCUCAAGAAAAUCUGAUAGAACUCAAUGAGAACGAUUUUACUAAAUCGCAUGAUGGUAGCAUAAUCUCUUCACAAAGUUGGACUCCACCAGUACAGCAGAACACUGAGCAUCAAAAUUUUUUUAAUAAGCCAAAAGUUAAACGAAUACUUCCCUCACCUCCACCUGUGACUGUAGAACCUUUGUUGCUUCAAAAUACAGACUUAGUUGAAACAACACCACCAGUCAUAACUAACACUUAUGUCCCCUUAAAAGAACCAAUAUCAUUGAUCCCUGAUUUGUGUAAUUUCAAUCAUUCUGAAUCUAUAACUGGAAAAACAAUGCCACCAUUGCAGGACCAAUUGGAUACUCCUCCAGUGGGCUAUAAUACACCAUCAAUUGCAACACCUGUUACUGCAGCAAAUGAUGUUUUUGAUUCAAAUAAGUCUGAUAGCGCAACUGUUGCUCAACUCGUACACAAAGACACCAUGUCUGAACUUAAGUUAAGGCGUAAAAGCCGCCCAAUUAAAUUCUUUACUACGCCAGUAUCAGAGAACGGUAGAUCACCGAUAAAGCUAAGCGAUCACUCUCACGAGCUGUUAAUGCAAUCAAGGGAAAAAGAUGCUAGUGGGACCAUUGCAGCUACAUCAACUUCCACUCCACAAGAAGUUGGUAAACAAUUAGUACAUGAAUUUUCACCAGUGUUUGCACAGGGAUUUCAACAUACAUUGCAUUAUGAAGAUGAAAUUAUUGGUCAGCAUGGUAAAGCUGGGUAUGAUGCUCAUGAAUUUGAUAAAAACCCAUUGGCAAAAGAUUUAAAUGAAGGUUUAAAAAGUAAAUUGGAAGCUGUGGCGGAGGGAUGUUUGGUCAGGAUGUUAAUGAAGACAAAUAAAGUUCAGGAAAUCAUUAAAACGAUAAAGGAUACACAAGCCUUUUUGAAUGAUAUAGAAAAAGAGAAAUCUAUCAAAAAGAAUAUAAGUUCUGCUGAUAGACAAUUACGCAUGAGGUUGCAAGAAGAGUUGUUGAACAAACGAAACAAAUUUCAUGAUGUUUUCUUCGAUACCUCCGCAACAGAUCAAAUGAAACUCAUAAUGCUAUCACGACUCCGAAGAGAGGAGAGAAAGACACAACUAAGUAACUUUCAGAACAAAGAGGUUAAGACAACGAAAGAACCUGUCCACAAAAAGCUAUCCACAGCUUCUCAAAGAUCUAUGAAGAGAAGACAGGAUCACGUUAAUGAAAAUCGACCAAAAACAGCACCAGAGAAAAUCCAAAGUGUAAAGAAAACAACUGAGAAGGAGCAGAGUUUUAUUUUUAGACCUUUGCGACCUAUUCAAAGUCAUUCGUCGCCAGUGUUGAGCGAGAGAUCAAGACCAAAGUCAACUGGAGGAAGUGCGCUGCAGAACAGAUAUCCGAAAAAACAAAUCAAUAAAAAGUUAAACAUGAACUCAGUGACGAACGCGCCGACACACCGAGUAAUGGCGGCGAAGUUAGCGAGUCGUUAUUCUUCCGUUUUAUAACACGUAAUUCUUGCAAGGUUUUCGCCUAUGUUGAUAUUAUGUACUGUAAUAAGUUGAAGGAAGAUUUUAUUACCAAGAUCAAUGACAUCAUCACUAAUAGGGUAUGGCGCGGUGGAGGUUAUAAAUUCAAAAUAAACAUAGUAUAUUCAGAGUUAUAUCCCGACUAUAUGUUCUGUUUUGUAUUUGGUGCAGGGUCCUGUUUUUAGACCUUUUUGUAUGUUUAACGGCUUGUUGUCACUUUCUUUGUCGGUUUCGCAUCUUUUUUCUGCAAUUUUUACAGUAGCCAUGCUUGAUUUGACUUUACUUUGCAUUGUCGCUUCCCUGUGCUUUUUGGCGCCGUUUUCACAAGACAGGUUUUCAUGAAAAGUCAUUAACAAAGCCGUUGCAGAUAGUCCUCGUUCUUUUUUUUUUUGUGAAGUCCCUAUGAUUAACUCUUGUAAAUUAAAUGAAAAUUUUAGUCCCAAGAAUAGUGACUUCAUCAGUAAGUGGGAGUUUGAGGAGUUAUUAAAUUCAAAAUAAACAUAGCAUAUUCAGAGUCAGAGUAUAUGACUAAAUGCUCUGUUUUAUAUUUGGUGCAGGGUCCUGUUUUUAUACCUUUUUGACGAAUCUAGAGAUUUUAAUUUACAUCAUGUCGACCAUUUUUGUUGUUGAAAUAUCUAAACGGAUCAGGUUAAGCAAGACAGUCUUCGUUUGCCUCGCUUUUUUUAUUAAGGGUUAACAGCAUCAACUGUACUGAUUGUGACGACCAACUUAUAUCAAACUACUGAUAAAAUCUUGUAUAUAUUAAAGAAAAUAGAAUAUUGUUACUACGUCGGAACAAAAAGUCUAUAAAAUAGUCCUUAUUUUAUGUUUAUUUCUCCGAAAAUAAUAUUUAUAUUCUUGUUUAUAUUAAUGCUCGUACGGUUUUUUUGAAGGAUACAUCUCCCCCCACUUAAGUAAAAAUUCUAGUUGUCUGCCAUUUUUUAUUUUUAAGAAAGUUCAACUUAAAAUAAUUUUUUUGCAAAAUGACAGCUUAAAACCCAAUAUUGCUGGAAGACAAGGGACCUGGAAACGAGGGGACUGCGUCAUUUAACUUUUACUGUGGGUACGAAACAACAACCAGCCAAUCGGUAAAGAGGCUCGAUUGACAAUUAAGUGAAAACAAAACCAACCAUGCAGGAUAGGCAGCUUGUCAAUGUGUACAAAUGUUUGCGGAUUUUAGUCCAAAUGCGCACAUUGGGUUAUUAACGAAAUCUAUAUAUAUUUUUGCAAGUAAAAAUCCAAAAGACACUGCAAUAACAUUUGCAUUUUCCCAUUUCUUGUUAGUUCGUAUAUAUUUAUUUAAUUAUGUAAUCUUAGACUGGAAUUUACACUUUUAUAACACUGGAAAUAACUGGAGCCAGGUAGGGAAAGCCCUAAAUUUUUUUUAUUUGAUCAGGAAUCGUAGCUAAAAGCGAUUCCCAAGAAACCUUGUGUUAGAUAUUGUUUAUGUUCGAUAUUGUAUAUUCAGCAUAUAUUUAUAUAUUUGUUUUGCUGGUCAAUUUCACAACA